AUGGUAACCACGUCCAAGCCUUCAACAAUUACUGAAGCCAUUGAUCUCAGCGUGGCACUUACCGAAGAAGCCAUUCGGUUGAACAAGUUUUCAGUUUCUAAACCAAAGAAAAAGGAGACACAUGUCGAAUCAUCAGAGGAGAACAAGAGGAAAUUCUCCAACUUUAAGAAAAGUACCGACAGUGCCAACAAGAAGAGGGAUACAAAACCGCCAGCUGAGGUAAAGACUGGCAGUGAACAAAAAGGGAAAGGAUAUAUGGGCGCUCUGCCCAAAUGUGAUACAUGCCAGUACCACCAUCUCGGCCAGUGCAGAUUGAGGAGAUGUGAGGCUUGUGGGAAGGAGGGUCAUUCGAAGAAUACGUGUUGGGUUGGUACUGGUGCUGGCCGUGGUGGCCAAAGGGGUUUUGGUAACAAUAACCGUGGGGGUAAUGGAAAUGGAAACCGCCCACAAGGAGGGAACGGCGGAAAUGGCAAUCGGGGAAAUUUUGGUAACCAAGCUGGAGGUGGGAAUCGCAACCAAGGCAAUGCGCAAGGUGGAAAUGGAAAUGGGAAUGGUCAAGGACCAGGUUAUUUCAACUGUGGAGACAUGGGUUUCAAGAUGAUAGAAAGAAACAAUGAUGAUCUGGUGCCGACAAGCACCAAACAAAUGAAAGAAUUAAUUGCCGAAGAAGUGGGGAAGGCAAUUGAGGGUAGUCUAUCCGGUUUCAUAGACAAAAUUCAAAACACAGUGUUAUCAUUAGUCGAAGAACGAAUGAAGAGGUUGUAA